AUGAUUUCUCCGAAGAGAGAAAAAUUGGUCAGGGUGGAUUUGGAGCGGUUUACGCAAAACGGGUUUGUAGCUGUGAAGAGGAUCUAUGUUAACAUACACAAGAUUGAUCUUGAUGACAAGCUAUUUCGCCGUGAGUUUAAUAGCAUGUGGAAGACUAAUCAUCAAAAUGUAGUCCGGUGUCUUGGCUUCUGUUCUAAUACAUACAUGAAACCCAUAGAAAAGGCUGGGUUGAAAGAAACUGUCUUGGCCAACGUGAGAGAAAGAUUGUUCUGUUUGGAGUACAUCAGCAAUGGAAGCCUUGAUAAGUAUAUUACCGAUGAAUUGAGGGGACUUAAAUGGGAAACACGUUAUGAAAUAAUCACCGGAAUUUGCGAGGGUCUGUGUUAUCUUCACGAGGAAAAAAAGAUUGUUCAUAUGGACCUUAAACCGGCAAAUAUUUUACUACAUGGCAAAUAUAUGGUUCCAAAAAUCACUGAUUUUGGUUUGUCAAGACCAGAUGAAAACUCACAUACUAAGGGUCAACCUAUUGGAACACAAGGAUAUAUCGCUCCGGAAUACGUGAAAGAUGGAAAAACUUCAGCCAAGUCUGACAUAUAUAGUUUGGGUGCCAUUAUUUUUGAAUUAGUAACAGGGUGUAUGAGCGUCCCUGACAAAAAUAAUGUACUUCGAAGGUGGAGACAUAGGUGGAAUAAGCCACCAACAUUACUACAAUACCAGCAAGUAACUAGAUGCAUCGAAAUAGCAGUACGCUGCAGGCAACAAGAACCAAAAUAUAGACCUUCUACAGGUGAUAUAAUCAGCUUUUUGAGGAAAUCUGAAAGUACGGAUGGUUCAUCGUGA